AUGUUUGCUUGCUGGCGCAUCGCCAACACCAAACAAUUGCGCGCAACUGCAAAGGAAUGCGAGGCAACACGACCAGUGACCGAUUUAUGUGCACAGGUCGUCGUCACUGGUGUCGUGCCAGUCAAAACGAACGACCACCGCACGAGUAAAGAACGAGAUCGUCGCCGCUGCGAAGACCUUGGUGCCAGUCAAGAAGAUGCGAUCGCUGAAUUGAUUAUUCCCAAACGGCAGUAUACAUUCCGCAUGAUCUCUCAUACUCGAAAAGGACGACGUCAUUUCCCAUUCCUCGUGAAUGCAAUUCUGAUCAAGUGA